AUGAUUAGGGACCGCUUAGUAGUGGGUUGCCGGGAUAUCGCAAUUCAACGCAAGCUGUUAAGUGAGUCAUCCCUAACCUUACAACAUGCACUUCAGACCGCCACAGCUAUGGAGGUAGCAGACAGAGAUGUUGAAAAGCUCAAGGUAUUGAGUAAAGGGACCGAGUCACCUACAGUUCAGAAGAUGGAGGGCAGAAGCCAGCGUAAACCAUUUGUGUCCUCAUCGCGUAAAAAUACACAUCAACGACAGAAGCAGGAUGUGCAGCAAAAGCCAAGCCAAAAGAAACAGGAAAAACCUGCCUCAAGAUGUUGGAGAUGUGGUUCAGGUGAUCAUGUCCAGUCAGCAUGUAGAUUUAAGGAUGAGAAAUGCUAUCAGUGUUCUCAAGUGGGUCACACCCGCAGCCAUUGUGAGAAGAUCAAGCAAUACAGAUCUAGAAAGAAAUCUGCAAACCAUUUGAAUGGUGAGGAAGGUGCAGAAUUGACAGAAAACAUGCCUGGUGGAGAACUCAGACACCUUAGGGGUGGAAUGGUAAAUAAGAUGGCAAAGUACAGUGAACCGUUCCAGACUAGCCUAAGCCUAAAUGGGAUCAAAGUUAACUUAGAAAUAGACACAGGAAGCCCCUGGACGAUGAUGUCGCAGCAGGAUUUCCAUAAACUGGGACAUCGAGCUGAUGUGAAGCAAACAAAUGUUUCCUUGAAAACAUACACAGAGUCAUCAGUACCAAUCAUUGGUGAGGGAAUGGUAGAAGUCAAGUUUGAUGCCAGCCAACCACCAAAGAAGUUGACACUUCUUGUAGUUGAGAAAGGUGUUGCGUUACUGGGCCGAGACUGGAUGCAAGCCGCACCAGAAAGAAUCUACAGAUUCCUACAGAAUCGCCUCAACCUGCAAACACAUGUUUCCAACAAUCCAGAAACCGUGCAUAAGAUACAAACUACCUUACAAGACAUGUUAGUGAAGCACAAGCAAGUGUUUGACUGUUCAAAAGUUGGUAAACUUGAAGGCUACCAGGCAAAGGUGCAUCCUCAAGAUGAUGGAGAUAAAGCCAGGUUCUACAAAGCUGCACCAGUCCCAUAUGCAAUGCGCCAGAAAAUUGACGAAGCCAUCAAUGAGCUACAGGACCAAGGCGUGAUUGAGCCGGUGAAGUUUGCUGAUUACGCAUGUCCUAUUGUAGUGGUGAAGAAACCAAAUGGUAAAGUCCGCAUCUGUGGCAACUAUAAGUUGACAGCAAAUAAAGUUCUAAGGGUGGAACGGUACCCAAUUUCUUCGCUCCAGGAUAUGCUCCAGGACUUAGGUGGAGGUCAACAGUUCAGCAAGCUUGACCUUUCACAUGCAUACCACCAGAUAGAACUUGAUGAACAAGCAAGGAAGUACACCACAGUAAAUACACACAAAGGACUUUUUCAGUACACUAGGUUACCCUUUGGUAUCGCCACAGCCCCUGCGCUCUUCCAAAGAGCAAUGGAGUCACUCUUAGCUGACAUACCAAUGUGUCGCCCGUACCUAGAUGAUAUUAUAGUUAGCGGGAAGACAGAUGAAGAACACAUUGCCAACUUGCAAGCUGUACUGCAUUGCCUAGAGAGUAAUGGACUUCGACUGAAAAGGGAAAAGUGUGAGUUAAUGAUGGACUCGGUGGAGUUCCUUGGCCACAAGCUGGAUCAACAUGGAGUUAGCCCACUCCCAGACAAGAUAGAAGCCAUAAAGAAGACUCCAAGACCACAGAACCAGAGUCAACUGCAGGCAUACCUAGGACUUCUGGGCUACUAUCGGAAGUUUAUACCAAAUUUGACCAAAGAGAUCGCCCCACUAAUAACACUGUUGAAGGCAGAGUAUGCUUCAGUGCCAAAGAAGCGGGGAGACCGGAACAAAGCAGAUCCAAACCUGAAGUGGGGAGGAGACCAAGAAAGAGCCUUCCAGAAGUCAAAGGAACUGGUUUAG